AUGUUCAACCUGAAACGACUUUUUUGCCAUCAUUUCUGUUUCAACAGUGACAUCAUCACCAGAGGGAGAGGAGUCAGACAAGAUGGCAUCUGGACACUGCUUCAUCCGGCCUCCCCACCACAAUACACUGUCCACGACGCCCAGGUCAACUUUGACCAGGCCACAAAGGACUGUUCCCCGGGUGUCCUCACCACCCUCGCCACUGUGCAGGAAUACGAUCACGUCCUCAAGCUUGUGUCCGAGGUGGUGUCAUCUGGGAGCAAUGUCACCUUCUGGGUUGGGCUGAAGAAACCCAAGAACAUGUGCGUUGUCUCCACGCUGCCGCUGAGAGGGUUCAAGUGGACAGAGGACGGCAGCGACGCCUCACAGCAGGUCAACUGGGCAGAGGAGCCGCAGAAGACCUGCACGAAUGUUCGCUGUGCUGCACUAAUGGGAGUGUCUGAUGGGUUGACGGUGACCAAGUGGGGUCUAAUUCCUGUUAGCUGUAAGUAUGAAUACAAGUUCAUCUGCAAGCUGAGAGAUGGACUGACGGGACAGACACCUGGGGGCACAGAGGCCAAUAUUACACCUGCUGCACCUAAAACAAGACUGGCAACACCAAAACCAGAGCCUGCUAUGCCUGAAUCCACAUUUUCUACACAAGGACCAGAACAAGAAACUGGACCUGAGCUCCUGAGACCUGAUGCUAGCCCUGGCUCUGGACCAGCGCUGGGAUCAGGUUUGUGUCUACGCCCCCGUAUCAUUGGGGCUCGCUCCCUCAGUCUGGACCCUUACAACAGCACCAGGAUCCAGGUGGACUGCUGGUCCUCAGUCAGGCUGGAGCUGCACUGCUGGGGUCGCCCUGCCGUGUGGCGUCUGCUGGAUGACUCUCCUGCCAACCUCACCACCAUCUGCCACCCCUGUAACAACGGCUUCCAGAAAGAUGCUUCUGCAAACUGUGUGGACAUCAAUGAGUGCAGUGCUGCAGGUGGUAGCACCCUCUGCAGGCAUACCUGUCUGAACACCGAGGGCUCCUACAGGUGCAUCUGCUUAGACGAAAAUGGGAAACACCACGAGGAGGGCUCGUCGGCAUGUGCUGAUUCAGUGACAGUCGAAGACAGCAGCUUGCUGUCAGGCGUCCUGGUGCCGGUGCUGAUUGCUGUGGCGGUGCUGGUGGUGCUGGUCAUAGUUGUUAUGGUGACGUGCUGCCUGAGGAGGCGGUCAAAAAAGCGUGCUGUGAGGAAGAUGGCAAUGAACACUACAGAUGGCAAGGAUUCCUUUGCAACAGCCAAUGAGAAGACAGCAACAUGAGGGAGCACAGUUGUGACUGGUCAGUAAAAACAUUGUCUCCAAAAUGACUAAAACUUUUCAGAAAAAUAUUAACAUUUAUUUCUCAAAUUAAAGUGUUUUUAUAUUUUCAACUUAAAUCUGAUUUUCUGAAAACAAAAGAAAAUAUUUUACAAUCAACUUUGUUUGUCAAGUUUUUGUUAGUGAUGCAGAACUCACCCAGAGACACGAGGAAUUCUUUCACCUCAUUGGUGGAUUUUGUUUUCUGGUUUAAAGGAAAGUUUGUUUUUGAACAUUAAAUGUUUUUACAUGACAGUGCACAAAACACAGUAAUGGCAGAGCUUUGUCUCAGUAUUACUGAAGGGUGUUUCUGUUAUUUUGCCUGCCACUCACAUAUUUUGCUAUUCUGUGGUUUGUAAUUUUAUAGUUUUAAUGUCAGUGAGAUAAACUGUCAAGUAUUCAGUGCCAUAGAGUGAAAUGAACCCAGUAAAAUGAGAAACUUAAACUGUUGAAACAAACACUGGUCAUUAGGUAUUUUUAAGGGCAUCUCCUUUGCAAGAGUGUAAAAAAAACUUGUAUUAAGACAACAUUUAAUACUUUACCAUUAUAAUACUCCUUAAACUGGGUUUGUUUAUGUGUGACCAUGUUGUACAUGCUGAAUUCAUAUCAAAAUAUCUUGCAGUUUUCCAGUAAACAGUGUUCUUAAGGGGGGCAUCUUCCUACCCUACUGUACUGUAACCUCCUUGGUUUGCUGCUACUAACAGUUAUGCAGUAGAAUGGGUUUAAUAAGUCAAACCAAUGAUUUGUAAAAAGCCUGUUUUCCCCUUUUUUCUUUACUUCUCUCUUUUUGUGUUCUAACAUUUGUACAAUUGUACAAUUUAAAACUAUUGUGAUUGAUGUAUUUUAUCUAAUCCUAAUUAAAAAAAUUAAUCUCAAAGAAGGAGAAGAAGGAGGUGAG